GUGGAUGACGAUGACGGUAUGGCCUCGUCAAGUUUUCCGUCAAAGUCAACAGUCUCCAAUAUGGAAGCGUUCCUGAUUUUAGCGGUGUUGAAGUACGUCCCCACUUGCCGUUCUCAGCAAUGAAUACACGACGUUCCUUCCUGGUGCGUGGCAGCAUGUGCGUUACGUCUGUAUGCGCAUUCUACGUCGCCUGGGAGUGCCAGCACCCCAAGGUCCAUCGAGUGCGAUGCCUCCACCCUGAUGACCUUCGAGCAUUGAUGGAAGGACUGAAGAGGCAGUUGACCGAAGGACCAGAGACAGAAGAGAGAGAGCCGGGGCCUUAUAUAACUGUUUUCGUUCCUUGUAUGUUGAUGCAGGCCAGUCCCGCACCUAUGAAGGUCACAAUUGGCCUCCAGCAUAUGGCUAUACGGAAUCCCGAGGGAUUCCGCACCGUUUGCCUUUUCCCCGGGUUUUGGAAUGCCUUGCUCGCAGUGGGGUCGUCUAGGCCCGGGUUGUUGAUCAGCCUUGUCAAUCGGUUUGAUAAGAAUGGUAGGAUGACCGACAUUAACCUAGUCGCGAAAAGGUACCCAGAGUAAGCUGGUGGGAACGCCGAGUUGUCCUUCGUGUCUGUUUGUUUGGGUUUCCGACAGCUGAUGACUGCGCAAAUGCGUUUCCGUUAAUUGAGGUGCUGGUUCAUUGCUCUAUGUGCCGCCUCAUGACUUAAUGCUCUACUUGCCGUUUCAUUCUCAUGCUUCUUAGAGUA